AUGCCGGCGUCGCCGUACGUCUCCCGAGUCAAUCAGAUCGACGCGGUGCAGCUGGACGAGGAGAUCUACAAGGUGCUGAGGGGCCAAGCGAGGGAGAUCGGCAAGUAUCUGCCUGCGGGGAAGAUCGAUCGAUGGCAACCGGAGAUCGACGCGCUCCUCAAAUACUUCAUAUGGAAUUACUCGCUGCGUCGUGGCAAGUCGACCUUUGGCCAGCAACUGCUCGACCUGAGCUACGCCAACAUCACGUGGGCAAAGUCCGUUCUCUACCUGAUCGCGACGAUCGCCCCGGCGUACGUGCGAGACAAACUGACCGCGAAUCGCCGCUCGGUCUUGCUCGACCGUGUCGCCGACGUCGCCAGCCUCCUCGAGUUUGUCAACUUGUUGAUCUUUCUGCAUCGAGGCACGCAGCCUCGCGUCGUCGAGUACGCGCUCGGGAUCGCCAGCUCCUGCACGACCACUCACAAGCCGAGGAAUAUCGGCUACUCGUACAUGACGAGGGAGCUGCUGUGGCACGGCCUGAUGGAACUCUUCACCACCGGCUUGCCCAUGCUUAACUUCCACUACCUGAAACACGCGGCGAAAAAGCUGUUCGAGGCGCGAUCCACUGUCGAUCCCAAAUCGCAGCCAACCUCCCCGACCAUGAACUCGUCCACCAAGUGCGCUCACUGCUCCGACACGCCGAUUCUCCCGUCGCACGCCGGCUGUCGGCAUCUCUUUUGCUAUUACUGCCUGAACGCUCACUUCACCGCCAUGGACGAGUUUCAGUGCCCCGAGUGCGCCACCCGACUCUGCGCUACCAAAAUGAAAACCUACGAAUCAAACGCUGCACCUUGA